UGUAAACACAAGAGUUACAAGAAGUUUGUUAAAUCUCGUAAAACUUGUUUAAGGCUAUGGUUGGUUGUUAUGAUUUCACUUAUCACCAUGUCGGAGUCUUGAGGCUAGAUUACAAAUAAGAAGAUGACUAGUAAAUCAAAAAUUUCCAAUUUAUUGAAAGGCAAGAGUGUGCCUAAUCUCCCAUCCUACAGCUCACCAUGGACUAAGCAAGAUAAAGAGCUGAUGAAAGCAGUUGAGGCUAUGGAUGUUAAAAAAGUUGGGACACUGCUGAUCAAGAAACCAAUUAUUACUACAAAAUUAGGACCAAAUGGAAAAUCUGUGUUUCAUUGUGCCUGUGAGAUUGGAAAUAAACAGAUAUUAGAUUUGAUCUUAUCAAAGACACAAGAUGUUAAUGAUAGUACUUGCCAAGGUGUCACAGCCUUACAUAUAGCAGCUUCUCAGGGUCAUGCGUUUACAGUGGAGAAACUUUUGAAGCAUCAGGCCAGUGUGGAUAAAAAAGACAGCAAUAAAAUGACAGCAUUACACCAUGCCUGCGCUGGACAACAUUUGGAAUGUGUUAAAGUGCUCUUGAUGUCAAAAGCUGAUCCUCAAGCCAUAGACCAGGCUGGAAGGACACCGCUCCACUAUGCUGCUCAUAAAGGAGGUCCAUAUGGUGUGACAAUCUGCCAGUGGCUCAUUGAAAAAGGUGCACAUGUUAAUUCACAAGACAAGGACAAAACUUCGAGUUUAAUGUUGGCUGCUAGGGAAGGCCAUGCAGAUGUGUGUGCCUAUCUACUAAGCCAUGGAGCAAUUGCGGAUUUACAAGAUAAAACUGGUUUAACAGCUCUUGAACAAGCUGGAAAGAGAGGGCAUACAUCACUACAAGAAAUAUUUGAAAGAGUUCCAAAUCGAGUAUUUGAAAAUAGCUCAGAACAAGGUAGUUAUACACCGAGUGAGUCUGGUUCUGCCACACAUGAUCAGAUUGAUGGCAUGUCUCCAGUGCUUCAAACACGCUCACGGGGCUAUGGGCGUGCUGCAGUGUCUGUGUGUGAUAGUGAAAGCUAUUCUCGGACAGAUGCUCAUUCUCUGCACUCCUUUCAUUCAAUGGACGACGAACUGCUCACAAAUCAUCAAAGUAGAAAUUCUCAACCUUCAUUCUUAAAUAGUUUUACCUCAAAUUUAGAAGUGACUUAUAAUGAGCUAAAAGCUGAUCAUGAGAAACUCAAUGUGGAUUACAAAAAUGUAUCAAUAGAAAAUAUUCGACUUAGAGAUAAACUGGAAGCAUUACACAUGAAAAUGGAAGAAAUUCACCAAAAUGAAGUCCUGCAGGUAAAACAAUUAGAAGAAAAACUUGCUUCAGAAAAAGAGAAAGUUGAGGAGUUGGAAAAGAAACUGAAGGAACUUGUAGAUAGCCAAGUGAGGAAAGACAGCCAGGAGGAAUGGACCCAGUGUGAUAAUGAAAUAAGUCUCAAGGGGAAUCAGGAGAUUGAUCUGAUGAAUGAUGACCACAUGCUGAACAAAUUAAAAACACAAAUUCUGGCAUUGAAACAAGAGAAUGACCAACUCAAGACCACCAAGACUUGGGACGGAAUCAUAGAAAACAAUGGAACUCAAUCAUCUGAUUUGCUUGACCAUGAAGUGAAUCAAUUUGUUACAGAAAGAAAAAUGUUACAAGCUCAGAUAUCUGAGUUGAAACAACAGAAAGAGAAAUUAGAACAGCUUCAGAGUGUUGACACUGAGGAUCUCCUUCAUCAAAACUCCGCCAUGGCCUCAGAAUUAGAAGUUUUGCGCCAAGAGGUUACAUCACUGCGUGAAUCUCUGCCCACAGAGGCUCAAAGAUUGGAUGCUUUAAUCAAUCAGAACUUUGAGGAAGUGAACUUUGAUGAAGAAGGGUUUGUGGAUGGACGUGACAUGACGAAAGAAGAGUUUCUACAGGGACAGAACCAGCAGCUCAAAGCACAGUGCAGCUUGCUGACAGAGGAGCUGAUCAAACUGAGGACAACAUUUGAUGCAAUUCUGAAAGCUGGAGAUAAUCUUCAGGCAGACUAUGAUCAGUUAGCUGCUGAGAAAGAUGCCAUUCAGGAUGACCUGGAAGCAGCUCUGAGAGAGAAACAAAACAUCAUCACAGAGAAUGAGUACUUGAUGAAUGACACCAACGAGCUCCAUGAUAACCUGAACAAGCUUGUACAUGAGCUGGAGAAGAUGCAGGAGAAGCACCAAGCUGCCCAGGCAGAGUGCGAUGAACUCAAGAGGAGUGUGGCUGUGGCUGGCAAAGUGGGGGAGGUAACCAGGCUGUUGGAGGAAAAUGAUGACCUGAAGAACAAAUGUUCAGAUUUACAGGAAAUCAAAGAUCGACUGCAGCAUGACCACAACAUUCUUAUGGAAGAAGUUCAGAGUCUGACCGAUGAGGUCAACAAUUUGACCAUUGAGAAGGAGCAGCUGACCUCUGAGCUGGAUGAAACUUGUCAGCAGCAUGAAGCUUUACAGACUGACUUUGGCCAGUUGGAAAUUGAUUUUGGAGAACUUUUGAGAGAGAAAGAAAAAUUAGAAGGGAAACAACUCCGCCCUGAUCAACACAGUGAAGGGACCCAAACUGAAGGAGAGUUUGAUCAAGUCAUGUCCGGCAGAGAAGUGGUAGAACAACUAGUCCUGACCAAUAUACAGGAGUCAAUGGUAGAAGUUCAUUUCUCCAGUUCAGAACAGGAAGCUAGUGAAGUAAAAAAAGACUGGAAUGAUGGCGUCAAAAAGAAACAUAAAAGUGAAGAAACUACAAGGUCUGGUGACAUUGGAGACAGAGUGAUGCUGUUAGAGGAAGAGUUGCAGCAUGUGAAAGCAGAGUUUGCUGAGCUUUACAAAGAGAAAGAGAUGCUACAGGAGCAGCUGUACCAGAGUGAGGCACUGCUUGACGAAGACUCCCAGGUGAAACAUUUCCAAGCUGAGAUAGAGCUGCUGAAAUACACUUGUGAUGAGUUGCUGAGGGAGAAAGUCAGCUUGGAGGAACUUCUCCACGAAGCUAGAAGUAAUACAGGAGAUGAUGCUGAGAGGCUGCUCCAAAUUGAAUCAGACUUUGCUGAUCUGCUGAGGGAGAAAGAAGCGCUAGAGGAGCGCAUCAAUUUCCAAGCAGUGGGGGAAGUAGAUCUGACCAAAGUCCAGCAGCUGGAGGAUGAGUUUGCUGAGCUGCUCAAAGAGAAAGAAGCAUUAGAAUCCAGACAUCUUAAAGACCAUGAAAAGCUGCAGAAGUUCAAGGCUGAUUACAGAGCUUUGCUCCAGGAGAAGUCUGCUUUGGAAGAGAGAUGUCAGAGAGAUUUCCUGAGGCUUCAGGAGCUGGAAAAAACUGUCCCCCUGUUGAGAGAUACAAAGACUGAUAACAGUAGAACUAGUGACUAUGAGAAAUUGAAGGCAGAGUACCAAGAGUUGCUAUUAGAAAAGGAGGAAAUGGAAAAUGUUGUGCAUGGCUUGUCCAAACACAAUGUGGCCAUUGAGAAAAAGGUGAAGCACCUCCAGAACAGUCUUGCAGAAGCCAAAGCUGCAAUCAAUCCAGCCUCCCAUCAGGAGGAGAUGUUGAGAAAUCAGGAGGAGAUAAUUCUGUUAAAGAAGCAAAUAGCUAAACUAACUACAGAGUGUGCUGAUUGGGAAAGAAAGCAUGCGGAAACAGUCAGCACUUACAGAACCCAUUUGUUGAGUGCUGUACAGGGCCAUAUUGAUCCAGAUGUCAAGGACGCCUUGUCUCAUAUCAUUGAGCUGAGAAGUAUGGAACAAUACUGUUGACCCUCUUAAUGAAAAGGUCAAAGUUGUGCAUAAUAUGCUGCAUGUGGUACUCCAAACUGAUGCAUCAGAUAUUCAGGAUAAGUUAAUUUGAAGUCUUUACAAAAUGUAAAAAAAAUAUCACUUUAACUUUCAAGUACCAAAACGUUUGUUGUUCAAAGACAGUAUUCAAUUGUGUCAUUUGUUGCUUUGUAUUCUGUGGUUCUCAAUUUGAGAGGAAGGAACAUUGUACUUAAAAGUUCAGGUCAGUUAUAUUAUAUACAGACUUUCAUGAAUGUUUGAGAUUUUAAAACUUUCUUUGUAGCUUGUUACUGUUGUCCAUUUUUACUUUUUUUUACUUCAAAUAAGGAGUUAGUUAUUUUGAAAAACCAGACUUUUAUGUCUAUAAGUUUCUGUAAUUCACAUCACUGGCCAUUUUAAAGUUCAAAGUUCAUGUUAUUCUUAAUCUCUAAGAUCAUAUGCAUUUCUCAUAGCAGGCACAAAGUAAUCUUUAAUCAGUAAUAGCUUUUUUUUUGAUGUAGAAUGUUAAGAUUUUUUUGAAUAUCAUAUGAAUUUAGUAGCCACCAUUUUGCAUAUCAGUUAAAAAAUAUUUUUGUAAAUAACUUCUCUCUAUAUAUAUUUGUAUGAUUAUGACUUGAAAAGAAAAUAUGAAGUUAUCUUAGUUUCAUGAUGUUUUAACCGUCUGCACAUCUAUCAAUUGUGAGUUAUGAUGCGAGUUCAUUCCUGGGUUGAUCUGUAGGUAUGAGAUGACUUUGAUCAUGAAGUGACUUUUUUAAGAUUGAGCGACACAUUCAUUCACUAGUAAUUACAUUUUAUUUUUUAUCAUCAUUUCUUUUAUCAAAUCUUGAAUUUAUUCUGCGUAGGAAACAAAAAAAAAGCUUGGUUAGUAUUAUCAAACUGUAUCCUAUACCAUCCAAGAAUGCAAGGUGGAAUAAGAGUUACACAGAACAGGCUAAUGUAUUAAGUUUUAGAAAUGGGCUGUAGAUAUAACAAAAAAAGUUGCAGCUAAGGGAAACAUUUUAUUGAAUUAAUUUUAACUAUUUUUAUGUAGUACAGUUUAAUUCUCAGAUAUUGCUCUAAAAUUAUGAGAAAUAUUGUAUUACUUCUUUUGUUUUCUUAUUUCUGCUUUUUCUUUUUUUUUAAUAUCUUUAUUUUUUUUACUAAUGCCCUUAGACUUUGGUCAGUAAUUGAAGGUCAUAAUGCUUAAAAAUAUCAUGUGUUAAUGUUUGUAUCAUUUUGAAAUCUUUUUUCUAAAUAUUUUAUGUCUUAUCUCAUGUGAUAUUAUUUAUGCAACACAGAUUGUCCUUGCCACAAGUUUGUUAUCACCUCGACUUUUUAGGUAGCAUUCCGUAUCACCUACAACACCUGCACCUGAUAACAAUGAUGCCAGAAUUACGAAUAGCAAUAUCAGGUCGUAACAACCUAUCCUAAUUUCCAGUGAUCUGCUACCUUAUUCCUUGCCAUUAGGUUGUGAUAUCCACUUUUUUUUUUCCUUGCCAUUCGGUUGUGAUGACCUGUUUUGUUGUUGUGGUCACCUCAUUGUUACUUCACAAAGGUUGUGUGGUCACUGAGUUGUGAUGGCUGAUAGUUUAUGUUUUAUUACCUUUAUGAUAACCACAGGGUUUCACAUUGCCCCCAGUUUCCAUGUUGAGAGUAGAGGAGUAUCUUGCUUCUCUCACCUAAAUUGUGUUCCCAUCCUGGCCAAACAUGCCACAAGAACUGAGGACAACUCUACUGGUUGUAAAAUUGUGUAGAGUUAUCUUUCAUUUGACUCAUGCUCCUGAACUGUAACUUAUUACCUAAAUCAGUUUCCCAAACUGUGUUUCGCCAAACACUACUCUUGUGUUCCACAACGCCUGAAUAGGUGUUCCACAACUAUUGGAAUAAUUAGCAAGUAGGUCACCACCUGAAUUAAUCAUUCUAAAAAAUAAGCAAAGUGUUCUGCUAACUACUCAUAAAAUGUGAAUUUUUCAGUUAAGGAAAAAGUUUGGGAAACACUGACCUAAAUGAAUGAAUUUUUGUAGCAAGAUAUUGGGACACCUUCAAAUCCUUAAGUAGGAAACCCUUCAGCAUGAUCUGAACUCAGAACCUUCUGUCUAGCAGUCGAUCACUUUUCCACCACACCACAUAUUUUCUCUUUCACCACUUUUAAAAAUAAAAAAAAUUAAUUUUAAGACCAACAUUGCAAGAGCAAAUGGUGUCAGUAGCACUACCAUAAGUUUACUUCCAGAUGCAAACUUUACAGAUAUUUCUGUAACUAUUUGAAUAUUUUGCCACUCAAAGUUUUUUUUUCUACUUAAAGUAUUUAUCUUUACUGAGUUAAAUGUACAUAGUUGUCUACAUUUAUGUCUGCAGCCUCAAGGCUGUCAAAGAUCAGCCCUAACCCAUAACCAGAUAUAGAAUUUUAAAAUGUUAUACUCCACUGGCUAUAAGAGUGUUUCAAAUAAUUUGUAUUCUAAUUGAGAUAUCUUUUCUAAAUGUAUUAACUUUUCAUUCCACCAAACCAGAACAAGCUGCCAGUCCAGAAACCAACUCUUUUCUGAUCAUUUUUUAUACUGAUGAUUAUUAUUCCUUGCUUCUAAAGUGCCUUGAAUUUUUUUUUUAUUACAUUCAAUGUAAAACUUUUGUCCAAAUAUGUCACCUCUUGACAAAAUUAUCUAAUAGUACAAUCAUGUUCUUUUCUUAUUAGUUUUAAUUUUAUAAAUAUUUUUUUGAAGUGUAUAUUGUAACAUAAAUUGGUUUGCUGAUUUUCUGUUGACAUUGAUAGAAAGGUUUUUAUGUAAUUCCAUUUGUCUUUUACAUUUUUACUUUUACUAUUUUUGUUUUUGUUUACACACUGCAGGAACAGAAUUUUUCUCAAAUAUUUCUAUUUAGUGAGCGAAAUUGUUCCAAUGAGCAGCUUUAAAACUUUGUGCUGCUGUAUUGCUGCACGGUGCUCUUAACGACAAAGGAUAUUGCCUGCAAGGGAUAUUGCCUGCGUUGUGUAAAUUUUUAGGUAACUAGAUGAUAUGAAACUAAAGCUAUUGUUUUGUUUGCUAUGCAUGUUAACCAUUAGCAAGGUGUGUUAUAUGUUAUGGUAAUAUCAAUGAAUUUUUAGUGACAUAGAAACUCCACACUGUUUGAAUAUUUAUUUCACAAAACAUCUGUAUCAUUGAAAUAAUGUGCGUCUAUCAAUGCACACUUUUUAAAAGAAAUUUAAAUAGUCUGGCCUUGUAGUAUGUUGUGGUUGGAGAGCUCUGAGUAAAUUUUUGAAUGCAAACAAUGUAGGGUUUACUUCAACUAUUGUAUUGCUACCCAAGAGUUAGUAACGGAGCUCGAAUCUGUAUAAUGUGCUGCUUACUGUAGCUGACAAGUAGUCUUAAGUCUUUGAGUGUUUGCUUACUUGUCAGAUCAGGGCUAUGUGGCCUACAAUUAUGUUUACUUGUUAUGUGUCAAAAGUUAACCAUUUUAACUCUUUGUCAACCUCAGCAAGCUACUCAAUAGAGACAAAGUGUUGACCUUUCCAUGAUGCAGUAAUGUAUUUAAAGGGUUAAUGCCAAAAGCAAUGAUUCCAUUCUGUUAAUCAAACUUUUCUCAUGUCCUCAUUCCAACUUCUAAAGAGUAUCUGAUGAUAAACAGAAUCAAUAUUGUAGUGCAUUGACUUAGUUGUAUCAUUUUCUUGUAAGUUUUGACUUCAGAAAAUGGUAAUAUCAGAGAUGCUGCUGGGUUUAGUCUAGUUCAAUGAAGCAGUAAGCUAAGGGUUUGACCAAUUUUAGGCUUUUUUUUUAAGGUAAGUUUAUUUUUUUUUUGUUCAUCUGAAUUUUUCUCAGUUUGUUAUUUAUUCAUAUAAUGUUGCUCAGUUACAUCUCUGAAUUAAUUUUGGUCAGUCAUUUCAAAAGAAAUAUAGCCCUAAUUUAUAUAGUCUUCCAGUGCUCUCUUUACAUAGACCUAUCUCACUUUGUGAAAAUAAUUACUGACAGCACAGCUUUAAAAAGUUUAAAAAAAAAACAACAUCUAACUUAGUAACAUACUUUUUUUUUUUUCCAGUAGAUGAGUUAUUCUUCCUGUAUUUUAGUCUUAGACUACUGGUAAAAAAUCUAAUCAUAUAUAAUACAUCUAUAGCAAAUUCUUAGUCGCUAACGAUCUGAUUGGGUGUAUGGCUUACAGUUUCGUUUCAGGCCAUGAAGAUGUACUUUGUACUUUUAAGCUAAAUGCAGUAAACAUUUUGAUUAAUAUCAAGAGUGAAGAAAUCAUUCUAAAGAUAAUAUGGUUUGCUAAGUACCAAUUGUCAGGUCCAAUAACAAUUCACAGUUUUUGUAUUCCAAGGAUGAUGUCCAGUCUAUUUAAUCCUGGUCAUUUAAUUCCACUGAUCACUCAAUCCCCCUCCUCUGAUCCUUUUAUCCAAGAAAUUCAAAUUAGAAAAUGUAUGAACAAGUAUUUGUGUCCAUUUAUGUAGUGGGAAGUAUAUUCUUGUUGAUAACUAAACUAGCAAUAAACAAAUGUAGAAAUAUGGAUAUAAAUAUAUACACUUUUAAGCUAAAUGCAGUAAACAUUUCGAUUAAUAUCAAGAGUGAAGAAAUCAUUCUAAAGAUAAUAUGGUUUGCUAAGUACCAAUCGUCAGGUAUUUGUGUCCAUGUAUGUAGUGGGAAGUAUACUCUAAACUAGCAAUAAACAAUUUAGAAAUAUGGAUAGAAAUAUAUACACAGAUACAGAUGAUGGUCCAAUACCACUUUAAUGUUUCAACAGUAUUUAAAUAAAAGUUAAUUAAGCGAUACAAAUUCACUCUUACAGUAGUGAAAGCCUUUAAAGGAAUAAUUGGAAAGUUAUCUCAAAGUUAAAAUUUAUGCACCCAUAGUCAUGGUGACAAAAUCAAGACUAGUGAAAGAAAGAAUGAUUGGCAAAUGAUGAUAAAGUGUACCAAGAUGUUAUCAGCAGCAUGGUCAGGAUUCCUUGUUUUUUUUCUUAUUUCUAGUAAGAUUUUCACUAUUUCCACCUCAGAUUGACCCUUGAUCAUGAUAAUAACACACUCCAAAGAAUAUCUCCUAACACUCUGGCCUCUCCUAUUUCAUCGCACCUUGGUGAAAAGAUGAAUAAAGCUUUGAUGCUAUAUGCACAGGAUACUGUUGACAUCCCCUAGCUCAGAGUGAACCAUAUUAACUAAAAACACACCAAGCUUCUCAAUAUAUCUGAAUUGUUACAUCUUAUUUACAAUUAUAUUGUUAGAUUUCUUUGCAUAGCUAUGUCUGCCCUCACCAUGCUAGAUACUUUCAAACUCUAAGCCUAUGUAUUUUAUAUUUUUUUCUGCAUAAUGUUUGAUAGUUCUCUUACUUUGUUGUAGAUCUCUAAAUUCGAGUAAGGACAGGGGUCAAAGUAUCAACAAACAGUAUAUUUGCAUAUUUUAGGUUAAUGGGGGCUUAAAGUCAAAGUUUUUAUGGGCACCAUUACACAAUGACAUACAAAAAUUUAUUUAAUUGGGGAUUAAAUGACCAGGGCUGAAAUGGUGGUAAAUAAGAUGACCAGAUGAUGAAGUGACCAGCACUCAUUCAAAUCUAUAAUUCUUUAUUCCUGUAAAAACUUUUAUCUCAAAAAGUUGUGAUUGUACAAAAUUGCAUUUUAAUUUUCUUGAUUAUUGCAUGCUUUUUUUUUUGGCAAAAUUUAUAAAAAGUUUUAUGAAAAAAAAAUACCACAAAAAAAUAUUUUUACAAAAUCUUCUUUGUAAAUUACUUUCAUUCCCUUACACAAAUAUAAUGUAAUUUUAUUAUUGUAUAUAUCUUAUACUGGUAAAUUCAUCAAAGCUCUCUAUAUAUAUCAUUUACUAUUUACCAUCCUAUUGCUAAAAGUAGAACAAGUUCUACAAACAUUUGUUGACUUUAGUUUGUUCCUUGAUCACCAAAAGUUGUGUGUGUUUUCGUAUGUCUGAUUCUAUAAAUAUUUGUACAUCUUGUAUCAUUCCACAGUACCUGUGUAAAUGUUCCCUUUUUUUUUUCUCUUUCUCCCCCAACCCUCCUCCCCCUAUCGUUCAGUUCUGAAAGGGAUAUCUGAUAAUUUCUCGAUCAGUCUCAAUACUGUUUGAACAUGGAGCUCUUCAGCUUUAUAGCAUUCAUAAUGUACACGUGUCAAGGUCAUGUUUCCCUCACUUCCCUCCAGUAGUUUUAUAUGUCAGUGAUACAACUGCUGCUUCAGCUCUACAUCUUGCUCCAUGUAAGUUUUUAUUUACACAGUUUAUAACAUUGACUGCUGACUUAGUACAUUUGGUGAUUUAAUGUUUAACUGCUGGACUACUGGGGGAGUAACGUUCUACUAAUGAAGAGCAUGUCGGAUUGAUGAGUUGGCAACAAUCUGAUAAAAGUAGACGUUCUGUUGUUGAACUGCUAUGUACAUCUACCUUGACAAUGUUUCCCAGAAUUUGUCUACACCCUACUGAUGGACUGAAGUCUCCACCAUUGACUAAUCUUAUAGUCUGUCUUGGAUAUUCCAUCAGAACUUUUCAGCUAGUCUUUGUAGUCUCUCUGCUUCCAGUUUCUUGUUUUUACGAAAUUAUCAAUUUACACUUAAUUAUCUAUUUACCUAAAUUCUCUUCAUAUUAAAUUGUCUACUUAUAUGAAUUUAUCUACUUAUACUAAAAUAUCUCGUUCUAUUAAUUUAUAAAGCUCAACAUUUGCCGUGCAAACUUCCUACAUUCCUGAUACAAAAUAAAUUGUGUGACUUAAUUUUUAAGAUGUACAAGAAAACACAAAAAAAGCAAUUUUUCAUUGCUUAGAAAAAAAAUCACUUUCUACAUUCCAUUUGAUUUUGAAAUCGAUUUUUUUUAAAUUUUAUUUUGUAAUGAUCAAAUAUAGAUCUAGAUUUCUUUUCUAUGUGCAUUUUACACUGUUAUCGUUAGUCCUGGCGUGUUUAUAUAGAUCUAGUAGUAUUGAAUAGUCAGUUGCUAUCUCAAAGGGAGAUAACCUCUUAUUUAGCCAUUUGUAAAAGGAACAAAACUUCAUAAAGCGUCUAUGAAAUUAUGUCCCCUCUAUUUUACUGUUUGAUAUAAAGGAAACAUAAAGAUAAAAAUUCAUUCCCAGUUUACAGAAUUAUGUUUCCCAUUUUCCCACUAAUAUCUGAAUUGUUUGUAGACUGUGUUUAUAGUUAGCAAACUUUGUUUUGUUGUCAUUUAAAUGAUUUUAUCAUUUUGUACUUUUGUAUUAACUCGUCAGUAUUUGUAGAGACCUACUUAAUUAAACGACUCAAAUAUUUCUA